UACUGCAUGUCAGAUUCCAACACAACCGAUUUCACCAACCCCUCCACCUUCAUCCUGCUGGGCAUUCCUGGCCUGGAGGAUGCCCAUGUCUGGAUCUCAAUCCCCUUUUGCUCCAUGUAUGUCACAGCAAUCUUGGGGAACUUCACCAUCCUGUUCACUGUGAAUACAGAGCCGAGUCUCCAUGGACCCAUGUACUAUUUCCUUUGCAUGCUGGCCAUCACCGAUCUGGUUGUAUCUACGUCUAUUGUGCCCAAAAUGCUGGCAAUAUAUUGGUUCAAUUCCAGAGAGAUCAAUUUCAGUUCCUGCCUCACCCAAUUAUACUUCUUUCACUACUUCUCAGUGAUGGAGUCUGGGAUCUUUGUGGCCAUGGCUUUGGAUCGUUAUGUGGCCAUCUGUGAUCCCCUGAGACAUUCCACCAUCCUAACAAAGUCCACUGUGGCUAAGAUUGGCCUGGCCAUGAUGCUGCGCAGCAGUAUUGUUGUACUGCCAUAUCCCUUCCUGGUAAGACAAUGGCCUUAUUGCAGAACCAACAUCAUCCCCCAGUCGUACUGUGCACACAUAGCUGUGGUGAAGCUGGCCUGCGCUGACAUCCGCAUCAGUAGCUACUACGGCCUCUUUGUGAUAUUCUGUGUAAUGGGUCUGGAUGCAAUUUUCAUUGCCCUGUCUUACACCCAGAUCCUCAGGGCCAUCUUCAGCCUGCCCACAAAGGAUGCCCGGAUCAAGACUUUUGGGACCUGCAUCUCCCACCUUUGCUCCAACUUAGCCUUUUACAUCCCAAGUCUCUUCUUCUCCCUCAUGUAUCGGUUUGUUCAGAAUGUACCCCUGCAUUUCCACAUUCUCAUUGCCAACAUUUACCUCUUGAUGCCCCCUGUGCUAAAUCCCAUCAUCUACGGGUUGAGGACCAAACAGAUUCAGGAAAGGCUGCUCCAGCUCUUUACUCAUAAAGGGACCUAAAAUUUUCUCCUGGUUCUCUGGCUCUCAGACCUCCA